AUGGCUUCUGGAUCCGACAGGGCCGCUGUCGUCUCCGGCGCCGACCUUGGCGAUGCGGCCAGGAGACGCAACAUCCCGGGCACGCCGCAGCAGGUUGGCGUUCCGCCCGUCCAGCCCGUUGAUGACAAGAAGAAGGCGAAGAAGCAGCCAUCGUUCCUUGAGGUUCUUGAUCAGUGGGAAUGGGUCAUUGCCCCGAUUGUCUUCACUGCCCUCGCCUUCUUUACCCGCCUCUACAAGAUUGGCCUUUCACCCAUUGUUACGUGGGACGAAGCUCACCAGCCCCCUGCCGGUAAGCUCCUCGUCGGCCUCAGCGGAUACCUCGCCGGUUACAAUGGAUCCUUCGAGUUCAAGUCGGGUGAGACCUACCCGCCCGAGAUCAACUACACCUUCAUGCGCCAGUUCAACGCCUUCUGGGGCGCCAUCUGUGUGCCGAUGGCCUACUGGACCGCCAAAGAGCUCAAUCUCAGGCGCGCUGCCGUCUGGCUUGUUACUCUCAUGGUCCUUUGUGAAAACUCGUACACCACCAUCAGCCGCUUUAUCCUUCUCGACUCGAUGCUGCUUUUCGGCACUGUUGCGACCACCCUCUGCUGGGCCAAGUUCCACGGCCAGCGCAGGAACAGCUUCGAGCCCGAGUGGUUUUUCUGGCUGUUCAUGACUGGCUUGAGCAUUGGUUUCGUCACCAGCAUCAAGCUGGUGGGCCUCUUUGUCACCGCUCUUGUUGGCCUAUACACCAUCGAGGACUUGUGGAACAAGUUUGGAGAUACCAAGAUGCCUGUGACCGAAUUGGCUGCUCACGUUGCUGCCCGCGUCGUCGGCCUCAUUGUCCUGCCGCUACUCGUCUAUCUGCUUAGUUUUGCUAUCCACUUCGCCGUGCUUACUAACAGCGGCCCCGGCGACGCUCAGAUGUCUUCGCUUUUCCAGGCCAAUCUCCGGGGCACUGAGGUCGGCAGGGACAGCCCGUUGGAGGUUGCUUACGGCUCGCUGGUUACCAUUAAGAACAUGGGCUACGGCGGCGGUCUUCUCCACUCCCACGUCCAGACGUACCCCGAGGGCUCCGGCCAGCAGCAGGUGACCUGCUAUCACCACAAGGAUGCCAACAACAACUGGUUCUUCUACCCCAACCGCGGUGACACCCCCUAUGACGCCGAGGCUGACCCUCGUUUCAUCGCUGAUGGCGAGGUCGUCCGUCUGCUCCAUGCCCAGACCGGCCGCAACCUGCACUCGCACCAGAUCGCUGCGCCUAUCACCAAGUCUCAAUGGGAGGUUUCGUCCUAUGGCAACGCCACCAUCGGCGACGCGAAGGACCACUGGAGGAUUGAGGUCGUCAGCGACGCCGCGUCUCGGGAUCGGAGCAAGGUUCGCACUCUUACCACCGGCUUCCGCCUAAAGCAUGAGGUUAUGGGCUGCUAUCUCCGCGCCGGCAACACCAACCUGCCCCAGUGGGGUUUCAAGCAAAUCGAGGUUACCUGCACCAAAGAGAACAACCCGCGCGACACCUACACGCACUGGAACAUUGAAUCGCAUAUCAACGAGAAGCUGCCCCCUGGUGACCCUGGCCAGUACAAGUCCCCCUUCCUGAAGGACUUCAUCCAUCUCAACGUUGCCAUGAUGACCUCCAACAACGCCCUCGUUCCCGACCCCGACAAGCAGGACGACCUAGCCUCCCAGUGGUGGCAGUGGCCGAUCCUGCACGUCGGCCUUCGCAUGUGCGGUUGGGAUGAUAAGAUCGUCAAGUACUUCCUUCUCGGAAACCCCCUCGUCUACUGGGGCUCGACCGCCGGCCUCGGCAUCUUCGCCCUGCUCGUUGUCUGGUACACGCUGCGCUGGCAGCGCGGCUACCGCGAGCUCUCGCAGCCCGAGAUCGACCAGAUCCACUACGCCGGCCUGUACCCGGUCAUCGGCUGGUUCCUGCACUACCUGCCCUUCGUCAUCAUGGCCCGCGUCACUUACGUCCACCACUACUACCCGGCGCUGUACUUUGCCAUCCUCACCUUUGGUUUCCUGUCCGACUGGUUCCUCCGGAACCGCAAGGCCGCCGUGCAGUGGGGUGUCUAUGCCCUGCUCGACGCGACCGUUAUCGGUCUGUACAUCUACUUCAUCCCCAUCUGCUGGGGCAUGACCGGAUCGAACAAGCAGUACGGCUACAUGAAGUGGUUCGACACCUGGCGGAUGUCGGAUGCCUGA